UGAUUUGAUCUUGGAUGUGUCAUUUGAUCUUGGAUGUAGUAAGCGAGGUACGAAGAACGGGCCCCUGGAGAACAACAUGGCCAUCAACUAUUCUGUGCCACAGAUCCAGUUCGCUGCAGCACAGAGUGAUGAUGAGAUGGUGGAAGAACAACAGAGACAAUUUACGGACCGUUAAGAUGUGCAACUUAGAAGUAGUCAGAGGUAACUGGAUGGAGUUCAGUCAGGUUAAAUGCACGGUUGAUUGGAUUAUAUCUGAAGAUCGUAUACUAUUCGUGACAACUCUGCUAGACUCCAAAUUUCUCGUCCAUGAGGGAGUAUCUCAAAAGUAAAUGAAACAACUAAACUUAACACUUUUUCCCUAAAACGGACUGACAUGGGAAACAUUAAAGUUGGAUUGACACCAGCUAAUCAGUCUGAAGGAAUCACAGAACAAGAAGGGAGACCACUGAGGAGAAGUUCUAUGAGUUCACGGGUGACCUCAGCUGUCAAGUUCCUGGAUGUGGGGAUGGAAAUUGAAGAGGAACUCACAAGCCUCCUGCUGGCACUGGACAGAGAGAAAAUAAUCUCCAUUGUAGAACAUCUGACGGACGUUAUUGGUGUACAACAAAAAAAUGGCAACAGACCAGAGAACCUGAAUGACACCAUUACUCUGGAGCCUUGCCCUGCUGCAUCAGCUGAAACAUCAAGCCAUCCACCUCACCCCUCCUCCUCCACGUCCACCACUAUGUACAACCAUUACUCCAGCUCUUGGGUCUCACACUUACAGAUUCCUUGGGAAAGAUUUCCACUCCGACUGUCGCAUGCAAUCACAAGAGGAGACAGAGCUCAUCCAGAGGACAGGAGAAGUAUGGUUAGAAUUGUUGUGGAGGCCAUGCAAGUUCACUGCAGGAACCCUAAACGUGCAUCUUGUGAAGAAGUUGCUAAAAUCAUUGUAAACAGAUACCCUCAAACAUUUGCAGAUUUUACUGAAAAGGGAGAAAGACUGGGUUGUGGACAUUAUUCACUACUAAGAAGCAUCAAAUCUAGAGUUGAACAUGUUAAUCGAGAUAAUACAACACAUAGACUUCAUCAAACAAAGAGAACCAGGAAUGAGGAAGACUACAGUCCCAACAGUAAUGCAACCUCACCUAAAAAAGUUAGAUGCCUUGUUGAUAGCUAUGGUUGUAUAUAUUGGCAACCAGUUGAACUUCCUGAGGGGGAAACGCCAGCUUCUUUAGAGGAAAAGAAACGCAUCCUGUUAACAAUUUUUAAUUCACAAGGACCUGGAGCUGUGGAGAGACCUGAUGUGGAUGACUUCAUGUGCCUCACAUAUAUUUCUCAGCAGCAGCUUAUCAACAGUUGUCCCUCACUUUCAGUAGCUGAAAUUCAGGAGCAGUGGCCAUUCUUGUUUACUCGGAAAGGUCUUUCGAACCACUUUUACAAACUCACAGGCAUCGAUAUCAGUGAGCGCUUAGGUCAGGCCCUCAUAACCAAAGGCAGAAGGAUUAUUAACUAUUUCUCCAGCCAGAAGCUCAAUAAGGACACUCGGUAUAAGGACACUCAUCCAGCAGAUAGAAAGUGAGGAAGUUUUGACCAAUAACAAGGUUGGCACAGCAGCCAUACUUCUCAUGAUGAAGUAUUACAAGGAAGAUGAAGACUCCCUCUUUGUCUUAGCAGAUGAAACAUCUACCAGGAUGUCCCUUGAAGCAGAGAGCAACCUGCCAAUCAUUCCAGGGCUGAUUAUGCUUGGACAAAGUUCAAUGACCGCCACCUGCUGGAGGGUGAGUGCAGAGGGACGUGUAAUUGUUGAGCUGGACAAAGAGAACAUCUUUGCUGAUGCGAUGUCAGUCUUCUUUGGUUCAUUCUAUGUAUUGAACCUGGAAUACCAGGAGUCAGCGUGUGCAACAUUGGAACUAAUUCAGAGGUUUUUUGUAAGGAUAAACCCUGAAGAGGGAACAAAAUGUACCUCCAAGGUUGGGACAAGCAGAAAGACUGGGACCACUGUGAAGCGAAAGAUGAUCCAUGGCCCAUGCUUUCUGGACAUUUACACAAGACGAACAACAAUGAAGACAAGCUCUCUCGCCAUCUUGCAAGACGCUGUCUCUGUCCAAUAGGUUUUUUGAGUGCAA